CAAUACGAGCACAUGGAAGUGACUGAAAUAAGCAAAGACCAAGUCUUGGGAACGAGUCAUUUAUUUUAACGAUUAAAAUUAAAUCGAUUUUUUAAUAGCGUACCAACUACAAGCCUACAACACUAAAAUAAAAAAGUAAAAGUCAAACAACGAAAAAAAAGUGAAGUGCUACAGAAUAUCGUACAGUGCAUUUUAUUUUCAUUUUUAUACAAAUAUGGCGUAAAUAAUGUAAAUUACUCUAUUUUUAUACAUUUUGUAUCGUUCUUACUAUGUCUGGACUAACAAUAGAAUUCAUAGUGUUGUGUUAGGUUAAUGACUUCUUAAACCUGUAUUUCAAGGUUUCGCGAUGCUUGUACGCGUAACAAAUAAGGGUGCGAUGUUAUGGAUGACGAUGGUGUUGUUGGCGGGCGUUUGUGGUGGUAGUGCGGAAUACAGUGCACGUUGCAGUAAGGAGGCGCAGUCCUCGGUGACGGUGACGGCGUCCCCCGAUGGCGUCCGCGGCCGAUACGUUGUGGAGUACUGCGCGCUGGUGGACGAGCAAAUCACCCAGUGGGAGCUCGUGAUGAACACUCUCACACAACCGAAAGAAAACUGCAGUUACCAGAAACUGCAAGAAAAAUAUUCAGGCACCAGCCAUUCCCACAAUUUGGAGUAUAUUUCUCCACUCAAAGAAACCUGCCCAUAUGUAUGUUACUCGCGCCCCAUGGACCUGAUGUUCCGUUCAUGCUACCGUCUGCAGAACAAAUUGAUCCGUGGAGAGGUGACCACGGAACCAUACAACAGUUACUUCUUCGCUGACAACAAUAUUACGGAAUUUUCACCGGACACUCUCACUCAGUUCACUACUGAUAUAGAUUAUGAUACAACAGUAUCGUUUCAUUGGUUGGAGGGUCACAUACCUAUUACGGAGUACGAGAUCACAGUGUGGCCAAAUGCAUCGCAUAAUGGAGAGGAGACGGUGGUGACGCGCAACUGCAGCCGCACGGCGGCGGGCGGCGCGGGGCUGCGCUGCGAGCUGCGGCUGCCGCUCGGCUGCUACACGCUGCAGCUCAAGCACAUCGCGCCCUGGACCAAGGGCUACCACCAGCUCGCCUUCGCUGAGGCCACCUUCUGCCACUCGGGCUCGUCGCCGCCGCGGCUGCGGCGGGCGGGCGGCGCCGCGCUGUGGUGGGGCUGCGGCGUGGGCGCGCUGCUGGCCGUGCUGCUGGCGGCGCUGCUGGCGCGGCGCCUGCGGCACGACGCCAAGGCGCGCAUCUACAUCUGGCAGCGGUGGAUCGACAGACAAGCGGAGGCUGACGAGAAGCCGGCGGGCGGCGGCGAGGGCGGCGAGGGCGGCGGGCGCGUGCUGCUGCUGUACGCGCGCGAGGGCGCGGCGGCGGGCCGCCUGGCGCGGGCGCUGGCGCGGCUGCUGCGGGGGGCGCGGCUGCAGGUGUACGACGUGCACAGCCCCGAGGUGACGGCGCUGGCGGCGCGCGGCCCCGCCGGCUGGGUGCGCGCGGCGCUGGCCGCCCGCUGCACGCGCGUGCUGCUGCUGCAGACGCCCGCGCUGCACGCGCUGCUGCACCACCGCGCCGGACCCGACAAGCCGCACUCCCCGCUGCUGCCGCGCGUACGCGCGUCCCGGCCGGCCUUCGGCGACACGCUGCUGCAGUACGCGCUCACGCUGCUGGCCGAGACCGCCGGCGGGGCCGCGCAGCCCUACCACAAGUACUACCUCGCCACGCUAUCGGAGCUGCCAGUGGACGUGUUCCCGUGCCUGGUGCCGUACACCCGGUUCUUGCUCCCCGAAGCGGCGCAGGCUCUAGUCCAGGCCCUGUUCCCGGGCUCCGCCCCCCAGGACUCCGCCCUCGCGGAAGUUAACCAAGCGGCUGCGGAGUUCGUGCAGUACGUGCGGGACCACCCCAACUACCUCGCCGACGAACUUGUGUUCCUCCCGCCCACAGGAGACAGCUAGGAGGUACCAUCCACAGUUUUUAACGUGUCGCCUAAAUUGAUGAAAAAAGUUGAGAUGUUUAGUUUAUGGUCGGAGAGAAAAUUAAAACUGCAAAUAUGAAAGUGUUUAUUUCGUAUUUAGACUCUUAAGGUGAUCCAUAGUGGGCGUCGUUAGUGUUGUAAAAUGAAGUUGUGAGUGUGGUGUAUCUUUUGUGAUUUCUCUCUUGCCAUAAACUGAGAAUUGACUUUUUUCCAUCAAUUUAAGGAGGCAGAACUAUGGACCGCGAUAUUGCAGCUGUGUACGAAUGGUGUAACAUAUGCUUAGAGGAAGUGAUAAAAUUGACUUAUGUGAUAUCCGUUUACGUACUUGUUUUUAUUUCCGAUUUCAACAAAGGAGGUUAGUAAACAAAGUAGUUUAGGAUAGUGACAUUAUUAUACACGAAGUGCUACACGGAAAAUAAUCGGAAGUUAAAAAUGUUAUUGCAAUGUAGAAAUGAUACCAGUGCCAUUUCAAAUGAAUAAGGUUGUUUACUAUUGGUGCGCUUUACGUGUUGAAGUCUAGUACCAGUGUUUGAGUGGAGUAUGUGAGUCAUGUAGCGCCCUACAGUAUGUAACGCCAAUCUGAAACGGUUGAAACACCUGCUCAAAUAUUUUAUCAAAUGAGCGUGGAUUACGCACAAGAGUGUGUGAAAAAGACAAUACGCGACAGGACAAAACGCUCUCGCGUAUUUUAAGGUAAAAUAUACUUGUCAUCAAAAAAUCGAACGCCGAAUUUUUAUUCAACAAAACACGAGUUUGACUAAAUUUUUAAUUUGAAUUUGGAACAUUAAUAAUAAGUUAAUUAAAUGCCUCAUUUAAUUAUGUUACAGGGGGUAUUAAACCCCCACUAUAACUACAUUUCAUUUUAUUUUUUAUACUCGAAUUUUAAUUUUUUUGAUAAUCGUUACAAAACAUCAACUUGUGAGGUGUUUCGAUUUUUGUAAUGAGAAGUGUAUUUAUAAUAUCAUCGUCUUCAGUAAUAAACUUAGUUCACGUGACAUAUAUAACAAGUACUGGAUAUAACCUUACGUUACCAUUACGAGGGUGCGCGGCCCAAUGUUACUCGUCGCACCCAUUGAUCUACUAGUGGAUCAAUGGUCAUACCUCACUUGGAAACAUGUCAACAAAUGCGUAAUGUUGUAAGAAUAUUGCGACAAAUGAAACGUAAGAACAAAACGCACACAUAGACAGCGUAAGUUAUUGAUAAUAUAUUUUUUAUAUAAAAAAAACACAAAUCUCAGUAAAUUAGAUGUCUAUGUAAGGGACAAUAAAAGUAUGAUCGUCCGAUUUGAAGCUAAGUAGUCCCAGCGAUCAGACAAUUGUCAAAGAUGUAAUAAUAAUUGUAUGUCUUGAUUUGUGAGAAGACCUCACGCCUUUAUAGCUAGUCUGUUCCGAACAAUACUCCGAAAUAUAUGUAAACCUAUAACAAACUAAACCUUAUAAUUUGUAAAUAUUUAUGAACUCUUGGUUACGUAUCGGAUCGUCAUAGUGUAUCUCUGAUGAGUCUACUCUGCAGGGCGUGCGGCAGACCUCUCGGACCUCUCGCCGCUCACGCAUUGGCAUACAGGGUGUUAGUGUAACGAAAACUUUGAGGGAUGAUUCAUACCAUGAUCCUGAGUUAAUAUCAAGUGAAAUUAUCCAUGGCAAAAAAAUGGAACUGAAUAUAAUUAAAAACUCAAAUUUUCAAGAAUUUUGCGACGGAACAUUCGACUUUAUAUUAACUCAGAAUCAUGAGCUGAAUCAUCCCCCUCAAUAUUCGUGACGAUGUCACUAACACCCUGUAUAUAGCCAUAAGAAAAAGUACCUCCUAGACACCGUAUAAACUAUAUAUCAUCUGAAAAAGAUGCAUGAGUACCUUACUUUAUUUAAGCCUGUAUGCGAGUACAAAACUGACCUUACUAACGCCUAUCUGUAAUCUUAUUGUUGUUGUUUGUUUAUUUUGUAAGGCACGUUAGAUAAUAAGUAAAUUUUAUGAUCUUUAUUUGAUUGUCGCGGAAAAAACGAAUGUAAUUUGCACUGCACUUUGUAGAAAGCUAGGACAGGGUUGUAGAACAUGUUGGAAUAUGUACGUGAGUAAGUAGAGGAAGGCACGCGCGGACGUUGUUUUGGUUCAAGAGUGGAGAUUGGAGAUUUAGAGUCCUUACUUCAUCUUAACGGAGCUAUCCGGCCGAAUAAAAAUUGAUCAUUAAAAACUUGAUUCUCGUAUCGUAUGCAGAAACCGAAAGAAAAUUACCACAUAAGAAUGUUUCCACAAACAGCCUUCACAGGCUGAUCUGCUUUAAUUUAAAUAAAAUGCGUUACAAAUUUAAAGCAAGCAAUUAUUUUACAAUGUAACGAGGACUCAAUAUCGCUGUCUCUUAAGUCGAAAUUUGUGAUGUUUGUAUAUUUAAUUAGCGAAUAGCGGAAGUUGGAGGCUGGGAAUCGAAGUGGUGCCUUUGUAUCGGAUGCUGUGCGCGCUGAGUGUCCCGAUGACGACAGACCGACGUGUGAACUAAGUCGUACGUUUAGAUUAUAAUUAUAACCAACAUAUAUAUUUAUCACCAUCAAUGUAAGCGUUUCAUUCGAGUUCACAUUAACAAUUAGUAGAACAUUCAUAACGUUCGAUAGUGAACAAUUCUUUACAAGUCGUUUUCCACGAGGAUGCCGAAAUGUAAUAUUUCAAAAUUUUACUGUUCUAAAACCAAACCGUCAAUAUCUUGAAACUGUAAGUGAGGUAAAUAAUCAAACGCAAAAUAGUUUAUUUAUUCACAUACUUUGCGGGAAAAUGUACCAAAUUAUUUUACAAAUAAAAUUGUUAUGCAAUGCGCGACUUGAAGACUAAUCUCGCAAAUAAAUUGGUCAAUAGAUUAUUUACUCGGUUUGGUUUUAGAUUAUAAACUACAAGUUAACUACUAGUCGGGAUUGUCUUUCAUUAGUGCGUCAUAUACCUGUAGUGCACCGACGUGUUAUGACACUUGGCAGAUGGACGAAAAUUGUUAUGAAAUUAUUUACUUAUUACACAAGAAUCCGUCUAAACAUUCGUAAUAUAGAUCAGCCGCAGGUGCCUUAUGCGUUGUUAUGUACGAUACAGAUUUUGAUGAAUAUUGAUUGUAAAUAUUUUUAUAUAAAUAGUUUAUAAAUAUUGUAAUUUAGUGGUUUUCGGGUAACGUUAGGUUUUACGCGGUCUUUCUAUACGACUGACAUAUGAACGAUUAUUGUGCCAACGUAAAAAUAAAUGUUUAUUUUACGAGUGAGUCUUUAUAUUCUUACUGUUACAGAGAAUUCUCUCGUCUCUGGUUGGAAACUCACUCGUAGGAUCAGUCUUUUAUACAUUUUAUGAGCUGUGUCGGUAGUAGAGACAGUAAGCGUAAAGGAUUUUGUAAUGUAAGCUCUAUUUUGUUAUAAUCGUACAAUGAUGUUGAUCAAAUACAAGUGAAACUGUUUA